UUUCGACCUCCAACAUCAAGCUACUCACCGCCGCAGAACAGCAUACACUGCUAGCAGCUACAUUUCUUUUGUCGGCCGGGGUAUCGAAUAUCUGGCGCACUGGUGUUUAAGGAAAAUGGCUUCGGGUGCGAAUGAGGGCGUGGAGGAAAGGGAAGCAGCCUCGCGGCCACGAGGUCAGGAUGUUUCCCCCAGCACCAACGCGGACCUCGAGAAGCGCGAUGCAGAAGAUGAUCUGAGCGAAGGAGAGACAGGGUCCGAUGGCGAACACUCCGAAGAUGGCGGCGAGGACGAGAGCGAAGUCAAGACUUCACGGAGAGACGCGAACUCGGUGGAAGACCACAACGCUGUGAAUGAGCCUUCAAGCGCAGACGGAGCCGCAGAAGCACCUCCCCUCCCUGCAGAGGAGAUUCCUCCGCUCCCCACAGAAGAGCCUCCAGCGGCAACAGGGCAAGAUGACGGCUGGGCGCCAAUUUGGGAGGAGAGCGCCCAAUCUUUCUACUUCUACAAUCGGUUCACAGGCGCGACGCAAUGGACAAAUCCUCGAGUACCUGAAGCUUCACAACCUCCUCCGCCAGGCGUUGCAGCUGCUGCCUACACGCCUCCCGUGCCUGCGCCAACGGAGAACCCGCCGACCUCUGGAUACAAUCCUGCUUUACACGGUGACUACGAUCCUACAGCCUGGUACGCACAACCUGCUGCUCCGCUUCCAGCAGCGCCUUCAGAAGCACCCGCAGAUCCAACUACUCAGUACGCAGCCACAGCACAAUUCAAUCGCUUCACCGGUCGAUUCCAGAAUCCCGACUUGAACCCCGAGAAUUUCAACGACGAGAACAAGAGCCGGAGGCAGAUGAACGCGUUCUUCGAUGUCGAUGCGGCGGCGAAUAGUCAUGAUGGACGGAGUCUGAAGGCAGAGCGAAGCGGCAAGAAACUAUCGAAGACGGAACUGAAGCAAUUCAAGGAAAAGCGGAAAGCGAAAAAGGAAGAGAAGCGGAGAGCUUGGCUGCGAGACUGAUAUUUAAGAUACCACGGGACGGGGCAGGCAUGGAUUGGCGUUGCAUAAGGGUUCGGUUUCUUGCUUUGGGAGCCGGUUGGCUUGCAUAUAGGUCUGUACAAUGGUGGAGAGCAUGGAGGGCCAUAUUCAGCAUCAAUUGGAAACAAUUUGAUCCCUCGAUUACCAACUUUGGUUCUGAUGUCCCAAUUCGAGGUUUCCCGUCUGCAAGAGAUCACGGUCCAGAGGGGCUUUGUGAUCCGUGAGCACAU